UUCAGUCAUUCCGCAUCGCUAUAAAUACACGGGGAGGGGAGUUUAAUUUGUUCUCGUUUCGUCGCUGCGCUUUCUCCGGGACGCUCUGCCAACUCUGCUCCGCUCCGCUCUGCUCCGGGCGAACCAAUUAGGGUUUCCAGGGUCCUCUUCGAUCCGCAUGCGACUUCUCCUACCGGAAGCUAAUACAAUGGCCGAGGAGGGCUUCCUGGCCAACGAUGCACCGAAGGCGGCUGCGGUCGGGCCGGUAGGGCACCAAUUGAUCCCGAUCAUGAAUAGGCUUCAGGACGUCUUCGCUCAACUCGGUAGCUCCUUCAGCAUAAACCUUCCACAAGUGGCGGUUGUCGGAAGCCAGAGCAGCGGGAAGUCUAGCGUGCUCGAGGCCCUCGUCGGCCGGGACUUCCUGCCGCGGGGCACUGAUAUCUGUACCCGGAGGCCUCUGGUUCUGCAGCUGGUGCGCCUGGAGUCAUCCUCGGACUCUUCAUAUGAGGGAAAUGGGGAGUGGGGGGAGUUUCUCCACUUGCCGGGCAAGAGGUUCUAUGACUUCUCGGACAUUCGUCGUGAAAUCCAGGAAGAAACAGAGAGAGAAGCCGGAAUGAGAAAGGCUAUUUCAGAUAAAAAGAUUCAUUUGAAGAUUUUCUCUCCCAAUGUUUUGAAUAUCGCUCUUGUUGAUCUGCCUGGCAUUACUAAAGUGCCAGUAGGUGACCAACCAAGUGACAUUGAAGCUAGAAUUAGAACAAUGAUAAUGUCAUAUAUCAAACAUGAAACUUGCAUUAUACUAGCUGUUUCGCCAGCAAAUACUGAUUUGGCAAAUUCUGAUGCACUUCAAAUUGCAAGAAUUGCUGAUCCAGAUGGUUCUCGUACAAUUGGAGUCAUCACUAAGCUGGAUAUAAUGGAUAGAGGAACUGAUGCACACAAUUUUUUACUUGACAAUGUGAUUCCUUUGCGACUUGGUUAUGUGGGAGUCGUCAAUCGUAGCCAAGAGGACAUCAAUGUCAACCGUAGCAUUAGAGAUGCAUUGGUUUUUGAAGAGGCUUUUUUCCGCAAGCAUCCAGCAUAUCAUGGUCUUUCUCAUUGUUGUGGGAUACCUCAGCUGGCUAAGAAAUUGAAUAGAAUUUUGGAACAACAUAUCAUGGCUGUACUGCCAACAUUGAAGUCUCACAUAAAUGCUCAGUUGGUAGCAGUGGCUAAGGAGCAUGCUACCUAUGGUGAAUUUGUGGAAUCAAAGGAUGGACAAGGAGUUAAAAUACUUAACAUUCUUGCCAAAUUUUGUGAGGUUUGCUCUUCCAUAGUGGAUGGAAAAAAUGAACUGUCGACAGAUGAACUUUCUGGUGGAGCACGAAUUCAUUACAUUCUCCAGUCAAUCUUUGUGAAGUGCCUCGAGGAAGUCGAUCCUUGUGAUGACAUAACUGAUGAAGAUAUUCGCUUGGCAAUUCGAAAUGCAAGUGGUCCAAGAGCUGCUUUAUUUGUUCCAGAGGCACCUUUUGAAGUUCUAGUGCGAAGGCAGAUAAGCCGACUGCUAGAUCCCAGCCUUCAGUGUGCUAAGUUCAUUUACAAUGAACUAAUAAAGAUGAGUCACCGUUGCUUAACUAGUGAGCUGCACUGUUAUCCUGUCCUCCGAAAGCACAUGGAUGAGGAAAUCACUAGCUUCUUGCGAGAAGGCCUUCAACCUGCAGAAACCAUGAUAUCUCACAUCAUUGGAAUGGAGAUGGAUUAUAUAAAUACUUCACAUCCAAAUUUUAUUGGUGGAAGCAAGGCUGUGGAAUAUGCUCAACAGCAAGUCAAAUCAUCCAGAUUAGUUCCACCAUUGCCCAAACUUAAGGAUACAGCUGAUUCAGAUAAAUUUCAAGGAGUUGAAAAGGUUUCAAAGUCACGAGGCAUCUUUACAAGAUCUAUUGCAAAUGGAGCUGUUUCUGAUCACUUGCAGGGUACUCGACCUGUUGCAGACUCAGAGAUACCAGGUUCUUCUGGAAGUACAAGUGGAUCAAUUUGGGGUAUUUCAUCCUUUUUUGGUGCUAGCGAGGAUUGUGCACCUGCAAAAGAAAGUGUGAUCAAUAAGUCAUAUGAUACACCCUUACAAACAUGGGACCAUUCAUUUUCUAUGAUCAGACUGAGAGAGCCACCAUUAACCUUGAAACCCUCAGAGAAUCCAACUGAACAGGAGGCUUUGGAGAUAGCUAUUACAAAGUUGCUGUUGAAAUCAUACUUUGACAUUGUGAGGAAAAAUGUUGAGGACUCAGUGCCCAAGGCCAUCAUGCACUUCUUGGUUAAUCAUACAAAACGGGAAUUGCACAAUGUUUUAAUUAGAAACCUUUACAGGGAAAAUAUGUUUGAUGAGAUGUUGAAGGAGCCUGAUGGAAUUGCCGCUGAAAGAAAACGUCUUUGUGAAAAACUGAAGGUCUUGCAACAGGCAUCCAAGGUAUUGGAAGAGCUCCCAUUUGAAGCUGAAACUGCCAAGGGCUAUACUGCAGAUAGUAAUCCAAUUGACCUUCCAAGGGCACAUUGAAUUCCUUCACCUUUCUAUGCAACCAAUAUGGAUCUAGGUUCAUGGCAUACAGCUCCCCCAAAUCCGAGAUUUUGAAAACUCGACUCAGCCCAUUCAUCUAUGAAAUUAAUGAUUUUGUUCA